GCGUCAAGCGAAGCCAGAAGAGUUUUUCGUUGAGAAAAUCAAAGAAUCCUCAGGAGCUAUAUAGUAAUGGCUUUUUUCUCGGAGGCUGACAUGUCCGUUAGUUUUUCUCAUUAUUACGACGACUUUGACAAUCUCUUCCGAAGAUUAAACCCACCCAGGGUUGUAAUUGAUAACGAAGCCUGUGAUAAUGCCACUGUAAUAAUGGUUGAUUAUGCAAACAAGCAUGGAAUACUCCUUGAAGUCGUGCAAAUCCUCAAUGAUCUCAACCUUAUCAUAACCAAGGCUUACAUAUCUUCUGAUGGAGGAUGGUUCAUGGAUGUUUUCUAUGUCACCGACCAAGAUGGAAACAAGGUUACAGAUGAAGCUGUUCUGAAUUACAUACAAAAGAAUCUUGGACCAGAUUCUUGCUGUACGUCUCCUGGGAGAUCUGUUGCGAUUAAUCCAUCAAUAGACUUCACAACGAUAGAAUUAUUGGGAACUGAUAGGCCUGGAUUACUCUCAGAAGUAAGUGCUGUUCUAACCCACCACAAGUGUAAUAUAGUGGAUGCAGAAGUCUGGACACACAAUGCUCGUGCAGCUGCCGUGAUACGUGUGACUGAUGAAGAAACUGGCUCUGCUAUUACUGAUCCUCAUAGGCUAUCUCUGAUCAAGGAGCUUCUGUGUAAUUUGCUUGCUUCUUGUGACAGCAAAAAGGGAAGAGCUAAGACUGUGGUCACUGAUGAUGUCACUCAUACUGAUAGAAGGCUCCACCAGAUGAUGUGUUCUGAUAGAGAUUACGAUCGAGAUCCUUUUGAUGAUGAUUUUGAUAGGAGGCAAAGGCCUGAUGUAAACAUUGUCCCUUGUUCUGAGAAAGAUUACUCUGUAGUCACCAUCCUAUGUAAGGACAGGCCAAAGCUUGUGUUUGACACAGUUUGUACUUUGACAGAUAUGGAAUAUGUUGUUUUCCAUGGAAGUAUUGAUGCCCAGGGACUAGAAGCAUAUCAGGAAUAUUUCAUUAGACAUGCUGAUGGCUCCCCGGUAAAAUCUGAUGCAGAAAGACAAAGAUUGGUCCAAUGCAUUGAAGCUGCCAUAGAGAGAAGAGUAUCAGAGGGUGUGAAACUAGAACUCUGCACAGCCGACAGGUUCGGACUACUUUCCGAUGUAACAAGGAUAUUGAGAGAGAACAGCCUUGAUGUGACAAGAGCACAAGUGUCCACAAAGGAAGGCAAAGCUGUGAACACAUUCUACGUUCGUGGCGCAUCCCGUUGCCCUGUUGAUUCCAAUUCCAUAGAAUCCAUUCGCCAAAUCAUUGGCAGCAACAUUCUCAAAGUAAAGGGAAUCCCCAUAACUGCAAAUCCACAGAAUCCCAGGUUCCUCUUUGGCGGCAUUUUCAAGUCCAGAUCCUUUGCAGACGUGAUCAAGUCUUAUAGUUGAUGAAAUUUACAUGUUUGCUUUGUCCAGCCAAACAUCGGCACAGAGAAAUUAGGAACACCAACACAUUCUCAAAAGCAGCAUAGACAACCUCAAUCUCCUCUGAUUUUUUCCGUACAGCAAAGCUUAGCUAUAGUUUCUCACAAUAGAUCCAACCAUGCAUUAGAUGGAAACUAGCUUUACAGAUGAAAGCGUAGAGAAACCUCAACUGUGUAGGGUAGGCCCUUAACCAUGUCUCUCUGUAUGUAAACAAUUCAA